CAGGGAAGCCUGGUGUGCUGCAGUCCACGGGGUCACAAAGAGUAGGACACGACAGAGCGAUUGAACAAUAAUAUCAGAGGGUCUAUGGCUCUGUCACCUAGUGAGUUUUGGGUAAUUUGUAAUUUGGGGUUAGAAAAAAAGUAUGUAAGCAUUGUUCCAUCAUGUGAACAGCCCUGCCUGAACCACCCAUCACCGCCCGGUAGCGGCAGGUGAGUGUGUCCAGGGUUCCUCAGGGAAUGUGUCUUACCACUAGCCCUCUUCACUUCUUGGGUAGCUUUACUUCUCUGCUUCCCACAGUUGCAACCCCCGCAGUACCACGACCCUGGGGGAAACUCGGUCCUAAGUCCCAGGGACCCACGCCCCUGCCGCCGCGGGGGUCCCAGGACACGACAGCGAUCGCAUUUCGCGCGGCUGCCAGCCCCCUCCUCCUCUUCGCUCCCGCCCAGGAGCCUCCGGAGCCAAUCAGAGCGCGGCGGAUCCCCGGGUUGUGAGAGUCCCGCGCUCAGGCCCCGCCCCUCUUUGUUGCGGCGGCCAAUGGACGCAGUCAGAACAUCGGCGGCUGCCCGGGUGACUCGGUUAUCUGUCACAGAAUAACAUUCGAGAAUGGGACAUGGAAUGAGACGACGGCCGCAGCACCCCCAAGCCCAGGCCCAGGCCCAGAAGCAGCUCCCGCCUUCCCCGCCGCCCGGAGAGGCUCCGCAGCCAUGAGGCCGACUGUCCGGAGGCACGGCCCGUAAGCAGAGCUCCGGCCGCCGCUCCCACUUGGUGCGUCCUGCCGCAGCGAGAGGCAUGGAGAAGGCCGCCCCCGCCGGGCGCUGAUCCCCGCGCUGCGCCCGCGAGCACACGCCCCCUGCGCAGCCCUCCGCGUCCCCCGCCCCGGCCCCACCAUGACCGGCUCCGCGGCCGACACUCACCGCCGCCCCCACCCCAAAGGCGCCAAAGGCACCCGGUCCCGGAGCAGCCACGCGCGGCCCGUGAGCCUCGCUACCAGCGGGGGCUCGGAGGAGGAGGACAAAGACGGCGGGGUGCUGUUUCACGUUAACAAGAGCGGCUUCCCCAUCGACAGCCACACCUGGGAGCGCAUGUGGCUGCACGUGGCCAAAGUGCACCCCAAGGGGGGAGAGAUGGUGGGCGCCAUCAGGAACGCCACCUUCUUGGCAAAGCCUUCAAUACCCCAGGUUCCAAACUACAGGCUGUCAAUGACGAUCCCAGACUGGCUCCAGGCGAUCCAGAACUACAUGAAGACACUACAAUACAAUCAUACAGGGACCCAGUUCUUUGAAAUUAGGAAGAUGAGACCGCUGAGUGGGUUAAUGGAAACAGCUAAAGAAAUGACUCGGGAGUCCCUGCCUAUCAAAUGCCUUGAAGCUGUCAUCCUGGGCAUAUACUUAACGAACGGACAGCCUUCCAUCGAGCGAUUCCCCAUCAGCUUUAAAACCUACUUCUCAGGAAACUACUUUCACCACGUUGUGCUGGGGAUUUACUGCAACGGCCGCUAUGGCUCGCUGGGCAUGAGCCGAAGGGCUGAGCUGAUGGACAAGCCAUUGACCUUUCGGACUCUGAGUGACCUCAUCUUUGACUUUGAAGACUCCUACAAGAAGUAUCUUCACACAGUCAAGAAGGUCAAGAUCGGACUGUAUGUCCCCCACGAGCCUCAUAGCUUCCAGCCCAUUGAGUGGAAGCAGCUGGUCCUCAAUGUCUCAAAGAUGUUGAGGGCUGACAUAAGGAAAGAGCUGGAGAAAUACGCCAGGGACAUGAGGAUGAAGAUCCUGAAACCUGCAAGUGCCCACUCUCCAACCCAAGUGAGAAGCCGGGGGAAAUCCUUGUCCCCCCGCAGGAGGCAGGCAAGCCCCCCGAGACGGCUCGGCAGGCGAGACAAGUCGCCUGCACUGCCUGAAAAGAAGGUGGCUGACGUCAGCACUCUGAACGAAGUGGGCUAUCAGAUCCGGAUUUAGGCUGGCCAUACCGCAGCCACAGGGCUUCUAUGGUGCUUCUCUCUGCACUUUACCCAGCAUCUUCAGGAGGAACUGCAACUAUUUAUUGAGAACUGGGGAAUUUUAUUUUUAAGGAUUUACUUGGAAGUAGACUCUGAGUGGCUGGUAACAAAAAAACAAAUUCAUGAAGGGACAACCAUGAAAAGGCUGUGAUAGAUCCUACUGGGGUUGGACUGUCCCCCUCACUCCAGAUAGAAAGGCUAAGACCAUAACUGUAGUUUUUUAUAUUUUCCCAUUUACCUACUUUCUUUUACUUGCUUUGAACAUUAUGCCUCACUAGUAGUCCAUGUUCAUGAAGCCCUCCCCCCUCCCACUUUUGAUACAGUAAGGUAACUCAAUCAGUAUUAAUGUCUUUUUCAGCAAUAACAGAGGCAAAGAUUGGUGGGGUUUCUUUUUAAGCAGUCAAUAUUACCUCAGCAUCUUGACAUCAGAUAUGCAAACAUAAUGGUGGGUGGUUUUUUUAAUUCUAUUUGUAUUGUUUCCCCAGUAUUUCCCAUGGGGAUCUCCACAAGGUUUGGAAUUUUUUUCCUGGUGCACACGUGAUGAGAUUUUAGGUAUUAUAUGCAAGUGUUUUACUUAAAGAGCACUGAAAUUCUUCUGGCAAUACGGGAAAUCAUUUUCAGGAUCUUGGAGUUACUACUUUCUUAACCUUUCUUACAGCAUUCACUGACAGCAGCUUUUGUUCUUUCAAAACAAAACAAAAAAGCACGCUCAGAAGCCAGUCUGUGUUCUGUCACUAACAUUUAAACUUUGCAGACUCCAGUGAAAAGCACAUGAGGUCAUGUACUGUUACCCAAAUUCAGCAGUAUUGCGAUUACCUCUGACAAUAACACCCUCAGACAGAGGCCGAGAGAGAAUCAGUAGGUUUUGAGAACUAGAUAACCUUUCUGUUCACAUUUCACCUGAGUUUUAAACUCCGAGUCAGGCCUUGGUUCUGAAGGACUCACUGUUGGUAGGUAGGUGUUCUGAUGUCUUAUAUUAAGACCAAACACGGCAUGAUGUGAUUCUUUGCCAGUACCGUUUUUAGGUACCACUUCGUGAUGUUUAGGAACUGGUAUUGGAAAAUGCAGUGAAUUGGAGCAGAACCUUUGUUUUUUAAACGGAAAAGCCUUCGGGUAUGGUAUUACACCUUAAAGCGUGAUGCUCUCCAUGGGGCAGGGUGAGUAUCUGGCCUGCAUAUGGCAGUUACAGUGAACUUCUGCUGCAGACCACACAGAAUAACUGGCAUACCAAGUCCGUGUGUUAUCAGGAGUACAGCUUCGACUUCACUUGUUUGAUCUUAGCAACCAUGCCAACUCAUGAGACCAAAAAGCGUAUUUUAAGUAGAAGUCUGUUAGUCAACAAAAGUGUUAUUUCAGUCUUGGGGCCUCCCUCUCUGGCUUUCUUUACCUGAAGGUGAUUUUGGGAAGGGAGUAAAAAAAUAAGAAUCUGCUCAUUCAGAUUCUUUACCUCUGAGGGCGACACGGGAAGGAAAAAGACUCUAUCCUUCAGCCGUGUGCAGCUGAGCUCACUAUCGGUGUUAUUCAUGGAAAGUACUUUCCUUGAAAAAAGAAGUCGAAUGUCCUUUACAUGAAAAAGGACCAAGUCAGUCCAAUCUACGUCUCAGAUUAGAUUAAAACAGUUAAACACAUUCAGGACUUAACCACUUUUGAGAAUAGUACUAUCAGCAGAACUGAAAAUGAGUUAUUUUAAACUUCUCAAGACAAACCCAUUUGCAGCCUCCUGGCCACAUGUAUUUAGAUGUUUGGAGUAGUCCGCAAAUCAUUUCAUUUUCAUUCUAAAAUACGGACUUAGCUCUCUAGAUGAAAUAUAAUCAUGUUUAUCAAUCUGAAAGUUUAUUAUAUCCAAUAAGUAGACUACUUAUAGUAUUGAUAUAAUACUGCAGUCACUCUAAGGGCUUGGAAUAGGAUUUUCCAAGUAUUAAGUACUGUCCAGUCUAAAAUAUGGAGUGUCAAUAUUUGCAUAUCCUUGUCUCCCACAGAAUGGGGGAAGGAAUUAGGAAUACAACCUGUUUCUAAUAUGCUGAUGUCUAAGCCUUAAAACUGCCAACUGGCUUGAAGAUUUGAUUAGUAACCUGAUUUCUUCCACACUCACUUCUUGAUUUUAAGAUUCAUUUCCCCAAAGCAAGAGUUAGUCAACAGAAACAUGAAAAUAAGUCAAAAUGUUCUUAGCUGUUACUCUUAUUUUUAUUGCCUAUGGAAUAUGUUAAUUUCUAAAAGACACAAGAAAAGUACUAAACUCUUACAUUCUAGUGAACUGAUAAUAAGGUAAGGAAAAAAAAUGACAUAAUUUACCCCACAGAAUUGAUUUUAAAUCUGGUUAUAAUUCAAAAGAUAAAAACCAUGAAAUGAUUUGAAAUCUAGUUUUUAAAAAAAGUUAAUGCAAAAGAAAUUUUAUGCUUAAGCCAUUGUGAUAAUACAUGCAAAGUUUAAAUGAAUGACAGAAAUCUUGAUUCUAGACUACAUGUUGUGCUGUUUUGAGUACACUUUUAUUUCAGAAAGUGAUAUUUAGUAUUUUGUAUACACUCUGAAAUCAUGAGCAUUUCACUCUUUCUAAGUCAGUUAUUUCAUAAGGAUUUUAUUAAUAGAUAUUGGUAAAUAGAACUUUGGAGAUCUUAAUUCCGUAUUAUUACUAUACCCGAGGCUUUUGUAAGCUCUAGUUUUAUGUACAACCUUGUACAGUUUUUUUGACAUACAAUUCAGAAUCUUGUUUAUUCUCUUGGACUUUGUUCUGGCCAAUACAUUUUUUUUUUUAGAUCUAUUAAGAAAAACUGUGACUGUUUUAGUGGGUAUUUUUCUAAGUAAAUGAAAACUUGUAUAAUGGUAUUUUAGAGAAUGCCAGAUAAGUGCAUGUUUCAAUUUAAUGUUUUUCUCAUCACUUGUAUGUUUAUACACAGCAUGGGACUUUCAAUAAAAUCAUCCUGGAAACUCAAGGAUUGUUUUCCUUCUAAAAUAUAAAUGGUGUAAUUUUUUUCCUUAUUCUUCUUAUUAUAUACUUGUUCUAGUAAACUAAUUUCACUCUCACCCUUGUCUUCUUCUACAAUUUUCAGAUUCUGUAUUAAAUUUAUCUCUAUUUUGGUGUAUCUUAAUUCACUUAUUGGCUUCCUUCUAUUUUGGCAUCACCCAAGGCAACAAGUGAGUUACACAGCUUACUUCAUCUACCACAAAACCUUCAGGCACAAAUGUACUAGUACAAUAAUUUAUUAGGUAACUUACAUGGACGAAGUGCAAAUGACUUGACAAAGUGAAUGUUUUUCCAACCCUUUGAACUCUGGAUCUCUAACUUAAAGACAAUUUCAGACACACCUACUGAUAUCAAAAGCUAGAGUAAAAUCAAAAUUUCAUUACUGCAAUUCUGCAAUGUAUCCCUUUCCAUUUAAAACCUGGAUAGCACAGCAGGUGAGACAGGGAGACUUGGUUUCGGCAGUUAACCAAAUUUAAUUGCUUUUGGCAGGUAAAUACAAGGCUCCAACAGUUACUAACUCUUCUGAUCAAACAAAGUAAAGACAAGUGGACAGUUAAUUUUAGUGGAGCUUUAAAAGCCUGUG